UGCCUGGCUCCUCUAACUGGCAUCGCGUGCUGCUUCGCCAAUUCCAGCCCGUGCAAUAUCACAAUUGCUGUUUUGCUGACCAGCUUGGCCUCGCCAUCAAGAUAUAGCAGCAUUUCCUUGUUUACAAUCUGCAUAAACUACAACUACCCCGCGUCAAGCUUCCAAGACAUUGACGUAGCUAGCUUCAUCCCUCACACGCCUAGCUCGAGUGCAACGACUACCGAUUCACGUGUCCCUUUCGAAAACUACAUCGUACAGAAACUUCUGCACGCCAUUGGCUCGACAUGGACGGCACACCAAGUCGACCAAGCGGUCUGCCUCGCCCAUCGAGGCUACCACAGCCAAAAGCUAGCUCUGGGAUCCCACGGCCAGCAUUCGCUUCUACUCCGCUAUCUCGCCCGAGAGCAACCCAGGAGCAACCACCAACCAACACCUUUGCUGGCCCAGGCCAAGAUUUACACAGCCCAAAGCUACGGGGAGCGCCUAGCGCUGCUGGCCGGUCAUUGACAUCAAGCAAGAGUGCCUCACUGCGUCAGUCAUUGUCAAGAGAUGCGCCACCAGCCGCUGCUCUCCGGACCCCAUCAAAGCCCGGCACCCCCCGUGUUUCAUCUACAACAACCCGCCGCACGAGCACAUAUGUAGAUCGAUCUUUCGGCCGAUUAUCACAAGGUCCCGCUGUCCCGCCACUUCCUAGCCCAUCGAGACUGGAUGCAUCCGAUCAGUUCAUAAGCGCAGACACAAUCUCUCAAGCCGAUGAAGGAUCAAUAUCGCCCAUUGACUAUGGAAGCAACGAUCAGGCAAUAGAUUUGACCUACGAUGAGGCACCUUUAGGAACACCACAACAGCGCUCUACCAAGCCAAGGCCAUCGCUGUCUGAACGAACCAUCGAAACCCUUGCCCGAUUACCCUCAUCGCCAGCAAUUAGAAAGAAGUCAUCCACAAACUUCUAUGAAGCAAGACCAGCAUCUCGGUCUGGCAGUGCUGGGUCGCGGCCAGGAUCCAGCUACAACUCGGAUGGCUCUGCAAAGGCUGCUUCUGGAUCGUCCAGCCGGCCUCAGUCUAGGGGAGAGCCAGAUGACAGAUCCUCGGCCAUGGGCUACAAAUCAGCGCUUCCCACCAUCGAUGGCACCCCUGAUGGCCAAGCAGCGUGGACUCCGAGCAUGCGUAAAACGAGCGCUCGGCCUUCUCUAAACUCUCCUUCCAAGCUAACGUUCUCGUCAAUCCCCGAUGUACGCAGCCCCAGCCCGGAAAAGACCAUCGGUAUGGUAGCAAAUAAGGCAUUAUCUGCCCGACCAUUGAAACCCAAGUCCUCUGUAAACGACAUGCGGAAGAAGGCUUCGCAAGCAUCGCUUAGAGCGCAAGAGGAUAUUGGAAUGCCUGAAGGGGAUGGUAAUGGGUGGGAUGGAAGCAUCGCGUCAAUCGAGAAGCCUGUUCGAAAGAGCUCAGAGCGAAUAAUUACGGCUAGAAAGUCCUCAGCAGCUCUGAGGGAGCAGAUUGCAAAAGCAAAAGCUUCAAAACGGGCUGUAUCUGGAACAUCAAACAUGGAUUCCUUUGGGGGUGCUGAUGACGUUUCAAUCAUGCAAUCCGGCAGUGGAUUUGAUUUUGACAUCAACAACUCAGAUCCCUUUGGGCAACAGAACAAUGAAGCAGUUGGUGCUAAAGUUCUGCUGCAACGAAUUGCUGCAGCGCGAGGUAGUGGCAAGCUCAACAUUUCGGCACUUGGACUUCCGGCAAUGCCUGAAGAUGUCCUAAAGAUGUAUGAAAUGGAAAGCAUUGGAACAAAUGGAGGGUCUUGGUCCGAAAGCGUGGAUUUAACGAGACUUGUUGCGGCGGACAACGAGUUUGAAACAUUGGACGCUGCCAUGUUUCCAGAUAUAAGCCUCGAAGACUAUAGUAUUGAUGACGACGACACACCUGCCAACAUUUUUGGUGGUCUUGAAACAAUGGACCUCCAUGGUAAUAAACUGGUAGCGGUGCCCCUGGGAUUCCGAAGACUGGGUCAGCUUACGUCUCUGAAUCUGUCUUCCAACCGCCUCUCGAUGGACUCUUUCGAUAUACUCGCUGAGAUGACAACUUUACGAGAUCUUAAGCUAGCCAACAACAGUCUAUCUGGUACCUUGCACUCGGCCAUUUCAAAUCUCACGAGUUUGGAGAUUCUCGACCUCAGAGGCAAUGCCCUAACGGCGCUACCCAACGAGAUUGUGCAUAUGAAGCGGCUACGAAUUUUAAAUGUUGCUGAAAACGCGCUUGAAAGUGUACCCUUCGCAGAACUAGCCCAAUUGCCAUUGACGGAAUUGGUAUUGCGAAAGAACAAGUUGUCUGGAACAUUGAUGGAGCCACCUGUGGCGUCCUUUGGGAGCCUUCAGACACUCGAUAUUUCUGCGAACCAAAUUAAGCUUUUGGUACCCAGUGGAUCUAUGAUUGAGCUCCCAGUGCUCCAUACAUUGUCCAUGUCGAUGAAUCGAAUGCAAGAGCUGCCCGAUAUGAGCAGCUGGACAAGCCUCUUGACCCUGACCGCUGAUGAGAAUACUAUUUCUGUUAUCCCACAGAGUUUCUGUAGCCUAAUGAAGCUCCGACAAGCCGACUUUUCAGGAAAUGACAUUCGAGUUGUGCCUCCAGAGAUCUCUAGAAUGGAUAAUCUGUCUAUGAUUCGAUUGAGUGGAAAUCCACUCCGCGACAAGAAGUUUGUUACUGCAACAACCGAUGAGAUUAAGGAGGUGCUCUCUGCUCGUCUUGAGCCACCGCCACCGUACCAAGAGCAGAACAACGCUGAUACGAUUCAGACACUUGUGACAGGAAAUUCAGAUCGCGAUGCGAAGAAGAGUGAAAUGGUCCAGGGCUUUGACGAAGACUACGACAGCCAAUCUGACGGUGAGGAUCGGUUUGCCACACCACCCACAUCCUCUCAACAUACGCCAUCGCACUCGCGAAGCAACACAGAACAGACCAUUGCUGGUCAGAUGCGAGGCAUGGAGAUUGAUCGAUGGGAGGUCACGCCGGGAGGAAUACUUGAUCGCUCUAGAACAGACAUUGCGUCACUCUCUCGGUCCAGAUCGUCGACGAUUGCAUCUAACCACCAAGUACGACAAGUCCAGCUCCAUCACAACUUGUUUACAUCGAUGCCAGUUGCCUUGAGCGAGUUUGGAUCUACACUUACGUCUAUCUCACUGGCGUUUAAUCAGAUUGCGGGUGAUGGAUAUCUGGUAGAGACGCUUGAGUUGCCCGCCUUGAGGGAGCUCAACCUAGCGUCGAACCGCAUCUCCAGCAUGGCGCCGCUGCUUGAAAAUCUACGGGCGCCAAAUCUGGAAAAGAUGGAUGUUUCCCUAAACCGCAUCACUGUCCUGCCUGAGGGCUUGAACGCAACCUUCCCAAAGAUGACUGUUUUGCUGGCUGCGAACAAUUUGAUUUCUGAGCUCAAUCCCGACGCUGUCAAGGGGCUUAGAAUUGUUGAGGUGUCUAACAAUGAUAUUGGGGCUCUUGAUCCACGACUUGGCCUGCUGGCUGGUGAAGGAGGCUUAGAGAGACUUGAAGUAUCAGGCAAUCGAUUCAAGGUCCCGAGAUGGAACAUCUUGGAACAAGGAACCCAUGCAACGCUGCGCUGGCUCCGUGGUCGUCUGCCAGUCGAACAGGUGGAACAGUGGGAGCGCGAGAACGGGGAAGAAGGUGAUGAUGGUGUUUUGUAAUGGGUUGUAUAGAGUCUGCAACGAAGCCUUGCAGUGUUUUGUACGGAAUGUACCAGUAAUGUAUAAUGUGUUUAUAUCGUAAUUGUACUAGUAUUGGAGGAAGUUGCGUCGCUCUUGCCUGUGUAAACAAUGCGCUGAUUGAAGCAAACAGCCAGCGAAUAGACUGACACUGUGGAAACAAAGCUGCAUCAUAUAUUGCAUACACUAGAUCUAUCAUCGCAUUACAAUCACACGCAGUCAGCAUUUUGUCAUUUACGAGUUUUCGUCCGACGUGAGCCCGUCUGCCACAAGCCCGUUAUUGCCUACGACUCGGUGUGGCGCUGCAUCGACGGCCAUCCAGCUCUUUAUUCCUAGCCGAGAUAUAUUUCAAAUGACGCACCAGGGCAGAGAUACUGCGACCUACAUGGCGAAUCCAAUAUCUAGUCCCCUGCGCAACAACAGCAGCGUUAUCGCCAGUGCGCCUCCAGCAAGGCAGACGUUCCAGCCCAACGUGCUGAAGCCAAACUACACCGGUAGCCCACUUCUUGGGGUCCUGGAAAUCUUGAUUCCUGUUACAGUCAUAGCCUGGGUUCUCGUUGGUGCCGUGUGCAUCGUACAUAUCAACGGGCGGCGACUUGGGGCAGGCCGUUGGCUGCCGGAAUGGUACCGGAAGUCUAGGGGCACGGCAGGGGACAAGGUGCUAGUGGUGUGUUGGUGGGCAGGGACCAUUGUGGCCUGGCCAGCGAUAGUUGUAGGGAUCUUGAUUGGUAAAGCGGUCCAUUCUGCAAGGGGUUUGUUUGUGAAGAGGAAACAAGAGGCUAAGAUGUUGAGCGACGAUGAUGAUUCUGUGACGGAGUCGGCAUAAGGGUAACUUUGAGAGAACGGCUACGAUGGAAGGGUUACUGUUUAUUUCGGGGUUUCUGUUAUGUUAAUGAUGAUUAUUCACUAUCAGGGUACACGUAACGCCAUUUAUAUUUUCCGGUGUUUGUGACUGAUAGCAUAGUGAAUUGAACCUGG